UGACACGGAGUUUGAGAGAGAGAGAGAGAGAGAGAGAGAGAGUGGGUUGUUGUUGUUAUAAAGUGACCCAACUUGUUCUUAAAAGUUUUUAGUAGUUAAGAGUGACAAAACAGAGCAACGGGGAAGGGAAAGAACUCGAAGGGGAUUUUAAUAAAUUAAAGUGAAAGAAACGAUGGCGUUUUGAAUCUGAAAAUAAUUACAAAGAGGGAGCAGCAGGUGGCCCCCGGUGACGGCGACGGCGAGAAAUGGGGAGAAGGCCGUGCUGUGAUAAAGUUGGUCUGAAAAAGGGGCGGUGGACGGCGGAGGAAGAUGACCGGUUGAAAAAAUAUAUACUCGCCAAUGGUGAAGGCUCCUGGAGAUCUCUCCCCAAAAAUGCAGGUCUUCUGCGAUGUGGUAAAAGUUGUAGACUGAGAUGGAUUAACUAUUUGAGAGCAGAUUUGAAACGAGGGAACAUCACAUCUGAAGAAGAAGAUGUCAUCAUUAAGCUUCAUGCUUCCCUUGGAAACAGGUGGUCUUUGAUCGCAAGCCACUUGCCAGGCAGAACAGACAACGAGAUUAAAAAUUAUUGGAAUUCGCAUUUAAGUCGACAAAUCCAAACGAUCCGGCGCCGGAACGAUGAUGGCGACUCGGUGAUUGUGGACGUGGCCAGGAUCAGCCUUCCGCCGCGGCGGAAGGGCGGACGUGGACGGCGGAGGAAGGAAGAGGCGGAGGGGGAGGUGGAGGUGGAGGUGGAGGUGGAAGUAGGGAGGGAGAUUCCGUCGCCGGCGAGUGGUGUGUGUGGUAGGGGAUGUGUAGAUGACCUAAGGGAAGAGGAAACAAUUAACAAAUGGCCAGAAGGGCGACAUGACGUUGGUGGGUCUGAGACAUUGAAUUAUAGUAAUGAUGUUUUAGAAGAAGACGAGAUGUCGUUGGAUUUGGAUGAAUUGUUGACAAAUGUGGAAGUCGAAUGGGACGAAGACUACGAGGAUGAAAUUCAUAAAUUCAACACAACUGGCACGUGCGGAAGUAACACCGACAAUGUCUCUGUGGCUCCGGCCGGUGCGGCGGAGAUGGAGCUCGGGGGUGACUGUAGUCCCAUUAGCAGCUCUUCGUUCAGUCUUAACAGUCCAUGGAACUGGGAAAGCUUUGCCGGCGACAUAGAAUGGGAUGCCGGAGAAAAUUUCGGGGGUGCGGUGGCGGAAUCGGAGGCGGUGAUUUCUUGGCUUUUGUCUUAAGGAAAAGAAAGUUUAUGUUUGUAAAUUACUGAUUAGAGUGUUUGGGGAAAACUAAACUAAAAGUUUGUGAGAUAUUGGGAGUUUUCUUUGUGUUUCCCGUUUUACCCUUCACUAUCCUUUUGUAAAAUUUGUUUCGCUUUUAAAACGCCUUGAAUUCCAAUAAAUGUGGAUUUGUAUUUCCA